AUGCCAGGGCUGCUUGGCAAACGCAAAUCACGAUCCACAGAGGAGGAGCCAGACGCGAUCGUUAACGCACAGGAGCUCCUCAGGCGGCACUUUGAGGCGCGCUUCAAGCCGCUCGACAUCGCCGCCCGCGCCGCGCCCGCCAAGCCCACCGCCCACAACGACUCCCGCGGCGACGACAGCGAUGUUGGCCAUGAUGCCCGCGAUGGCGAGGCCGAUCUGGACGAGUCCGACUCGGAAUGGGACGGCAUCUCGGACGACGACAGUUCGGGAGGGGAAGAGACGGAAGCACCAGCCGUUGAAGUGGUCGACCACACAUCCACUGUUUCAACUACGAGCGCAAAAAUGAGCAAACAGGAACUCAAAACUUACCUCUCUUCUCGCCCGCCCGAUCCAAGCCGUACAGCGGCACAGCCGACGGUCAAGAAGACAAAAACACAGACCGACGAAGACCAACCGGAGGACAGCGCCGCUUUGCUGGCCAACGACCUUGCCCUGCAGCGGCUCAUUGCCGAGUCCCACAUCCUCUCGGCUGCCGGAGCGAACCCUUCUCACUGGCAGUCCCAGCACGCCGCCGGCACCGCCACCAACUUGCGCCCCUUCGCCGCUGGUCGUACGGCCCGCAAGACCACCGACAUGCGCAUUCAGGCACUGGGCGCCAAAGAGAGCAUUCUCACCCAAGCCAAGAUGCCCAUGUCGAUGAGGAAAGGCAUCGUCAGCGCCGCUGCGGCGAAGGAGGAGAAGAGGAGGCGAGAGGCACGCGAGAACGGCAUCAUUCUCGAGCGCGAGGUCAAGAAGACCAAAACGACGAAAAAGAAGGGCAGAGGUGAGAGGCCCGUUGAUCUGCCCGCUGUGGGUAGAAUGAGAGGCGCCGAACUACGCGUUAGCGCCAGGGAGGCGCGGGCCAUUGCUGAGUCGGUGAGAGGGCCCGCAGGCAAGGGGAAGGGCAAGAGGAGGAGGAGGUGA